CAAACCACGAAGAUUGUCACCAUAUAUUUUUUUGGGUUUCAAUUGUCACUAUAUAUAUACCUACAAACUCUCACCUACAAAGCACACAACACACACACUUACUACUUUGAGUACUCAUAACAUCACAAAUAUGAAGUUAGACACUAUCAUUGCCUUAACCUUAGCUUGUGUCCUUGUUACCUCUUCGGAGUUCCCUAGUGUUGCUGGGGACGAUGUUGGAAGCGUGAUCGGUGCUUCUCUAUUUGAGCAAUUGUUGAAGCACCGAAACGAUCCAGCUUGUGAGGGAAAGGGAUUCUUUUCGUACAAUGCUUUUGUGACCGCUGCUAGAUCCUUUGGUGGGUUUGGCACCACGGGUGAUUCCAACACUCGUAAGAGGGAGGUUGCAGCUUUCUUGGCCCAAACCUCUCACGAAACCACAGGAGGAGCGGCAGGUUCAUCAGAUGGACCAUAUGCUUGGGGUUAUUGCUUUGUGACUGAAAGAGAUAAAUCCAACAAGUACUGUGAUCCCAAUGCACCAUGUCCCCAAGGAAAAUCAUAUUAUGGCCGAGGACCCAUUCAACUCACCCAUAACUACAACUAUGCUCAAGCUGGAAGAGCCUUGGGAGUGGACUUGAUAAACAAUCCAGACUUGGUAGCACGAGAUGCAGUGAUAUCAUUCAAGACAGCAAUAUGGUUCUGGAUGACACCACAGGGUAACAAGCCUUCAUGCCAUGAUGUGAUCACUAACAGGUGGAACCCAUCUGCAGCUGACAGAGCAGCUAAUAGAGUGCCAGGUUAUGGGGUCAUCACCAACAUCAUCAAUGGUGGGCUUGAAUGUGGGAAGGGUCCUACUCCUGCUUCAGGGGAUAGGAUUGGGUAUUACAAAAGGUACUGUGACAUUUUGGGGAUCACGUAUGGGCCCAACUUGAAUUGCAGAGAUCAGAGGCCCUUUGGUGGAUAAGUUGGGCUUGGACUUCUUGCUUGUGUUUGCCACAGGUUAAGUAGUAAUAAGAAUAAGAAUGUUGCCCCGUGUUCUGUGGUUUUCAAUAAACUUGUCUAUGUAAUGAAAGCUACUGUUGAGGGUAUUGCAAUAAUAAAUUAAAAAUUUACAGGCGCAUGCUGGCAAUAAUAAUAUGGUAAACGAUACUGCCAAAU